AUAUUGCUCAUGUCUGGAGGACACACACACUUCAGAGACGUGACAUACUUGAGAUAAAGGGAAGCAGACACCAGCUACAGCAGGAUCCAGGUAUAUCACAGAUAAUUUUCAGAGCCCUACGUGUUUAAUAGCAAAGCAAAUAUAAAGGUCAUUGUCCCUGUCCUGUAGAAGAGUUUACAAUGGAGAUUCCAGCUGUCACAGAGCCCUCCUACAACACAGUUGCCAAGAAUGACUUCAUGUCUGGAUUCUUAUGCUUCAGCAUAAAUGUGAGGGCAUUUGGAAUCACAGUGCUGACUCCCCUGUACUCCCUGGUGUUCAUCAUUGGCGUGAUAGGCCAUGUCUUGGUGGUUCUGGUGCUCAUACAACACAAGAGGCUUCGAAACAUGACCAGCAUCUACCUGUUCAACCUGGCUAUCUCUGAUCUGGUCUUCCUCUCCACAUUACCUUUCUGGGUUGACUAUAUCAUGAAAGGAGACUGGAUUUUUGGUAACGCCAUGUGUAAGUUUGUGUCUGGAUUUUAUUACCUGGGCUUGUAUAGUGACAUGUUUUUCAUCACCCUGCUUACGAUUGAUAGAUACCUAGCUGUUGUCCAUGUCGUGUUUGCCCUGAGAGCCCGGACUGUCACUUUUGGCAUCAUCAGUAGCAUCAUUACCUGGGUCCUGGCUGCCUUGGUUUCUAUUCCUUGUCUCUAUGUUUUCAAAUCCCAGAUGGAGUUCACUUACCAUACCUGCAGAGCAAUUUUGCCCAGGAAGAGCCUGAUACGUUUUUUAAGGUUUCAGGCUCUAACAAUGAACAUCCUUGGGCUAAUUUUGCCUCUGUUGGCCAUGAUUAUCUGCUACACACGGAUCAUCAAUGUUUUACACAGAAGACCCAAUAAGAAGAAGGCCAAAGUCAUGCGCCUGAUUUUUGUUAUUACGCUUCUCUUCUUCCUCCUCUUGGCCCCUUAUUAUCUGGCUGCCUUUGUUUCUGCUUUUGAAGACGUCCUAUUCACCCCUAGUUGUUUGAGAAGCCAACAGGUGGACCUGUCCUUGAUGAUAACUGAAGCACUUGCCUACACCCACUGCUGUGUCAACCCAGUCAUUUAUGUCUUUGUGGGUAAACGGUUCCGGAAGUACCUCUGGCAGUUGUUUCGGAGGCAUACAGCUAUAACCCUGCCACAAUGGCUGCCCUUCCUCUCGGUGGACAGAGCACAGAGGGCCAGUGCCACGCCUCCAUCCACAGUGGAAAUUGAGACCUCUGCCGACUUAUAAUUCAGACCCUGGACGCCAACAAAGGCCUAGAAGAGUGAAAAGACAGUGUGCCUCUCCAAGACAGAUAUGGAGGAUUCAUUGUAAAACAGAAGAAACUUACAGGUAGCUUAGAUAGAAUGUUUGAGGCGAUCUUCUUCCUGUCAGAAAGGGGAUGUAUGACCAAAUUGAUACAUUCCAGAGACUGGGACAAUAGGUUCCAGGGAAGGGCUUAGACCCAACAAGAAGUAGGGUUUGUGCACUGGCACUCCCACUCCCAGUGAUUGUGGAACCAGUUGAGUACACAAUUGAGUACUGAACUUGGAAUUCAAUGGAAUUCACAAAUGCCUCCUCUACCUCUUGAAAGCCCUGUAACUCAAGGUCAAAGUAUUUAAGACAUAUUGAGGCACUGCUUUGUCAUUUGUAGGGAAGGAUAUUCACCUUUCCUGUUUAUAGUCUUCUCCCUAAAGGAUCAAGCAUCUAGGUAUAUAAUAUAAUUAAUAUAAUAUAAUAAUGUACACUACAUAUAUUAUAUUUAUCAUAUUACAUUAACCUCUAUCUCACCUUACUAAUCCUACAGGUUCUAUGUAUCUAAUCUGGAGUAAUAACAUGUAACUGAUUUGUGUUUACUUAGCAGCAGAGUCAAUAUGUGUUGUGUGAAAUUUAAUCUGGAAUAAUUAUAUCAUGCUCGACUGUGGAACUUGGUUUACCUGAUGGUCACAUUUUCAGUGGCUGCCAUCUGCUUACCUUGGGAGACUUUACUGGGUUUGAUAACUCCAUUUACUGAUUUUAUAUCAUGCUGGGAACUUACAGACUUUUGUUUUCUAGUGUAUUAUGCCUCACAAUAAUUUCUCUCCCUGUGAUACCUAUGUAUUCAUUUCUAUGUUGAAUAGAAAGCCUUAAUUGUGGUGUAAUAAAUUUCAUCAACUUUU